AUGACGAUCCUGAUUUUCAAGAUGACGCACACAAUGCUCGUGGUGCGCCUCAUGGUGAUCGUGCUCGCGGUUGGGGCUGGGGCGCAGCACAUCAUUCCCCCAAGCCCUAGCCGCCCCUCUCUCCCUCCUCCUUCUUCCUGCGCAGGCUUGGCGAAGCCCUGCAGGAAUUUCUCCUCCACCUCCACCACCACGCCGUCGUGCUGCUGGGAUUCCGAGGGGAUCUACCACACCUCCGCUGCCCGCUGGAGCGGGGAGAGGACGGGCUUCAUCGACACCAUACGCACGACCGAGUACGGAAGUGCUGCCGGAUUGCAGCACUGGGGACGAUCGUCUACAUCAACAACGAGAUAUGAUCUCGUAGGCUUUGGAAAUCUUCAAGGGUAUGAGGAGGGAGCAAGCAUCGCACGAGGAGGAGAGGAGCAGCUGGACCAGAAGAUGGACGUGAAGCUGGACAUGAAGACAUCCCAUGGACACGCGAGAGAUGAGCGGGAGGAAUGCGCGAGAGGGGAAGCUGAAGUUCAGGCCGGUGCCAGAUCCGGUCCGACCGGCCGUGCCGCCAGACCAUCCGGUCCCAGGCCCGGUCCGACCGGAUCCAGCGCCGGGUCCGCCCGGUUUUCAACCGGGAUUUUGACCUGUGCCAUCCGGGCGAUGUCCAGUAAGCCAGAAACGUCGCCCGGUCACCACCCGGCGCCAGGCCCGGUUUGAACCGGACCGGCCGGUCCCAGACCCGGUCGACCGGCCUCCCGACCGGCCGACUCCGAGUCUGUCUCGACCAGAUCUGUUCUGGGUCGGUUAUUUUCGUACUUUUUCGACCUGAGGUCGUCCUGAACUCCUAUAUAAGUGCCAAGGACGCCCCUAGCUGCUUUAGACCACGUUUAAGAUAAACCCUAGUUCUUAGUUGUUGUUCUGCAAAAC